AUGCUUGGGGUUGUUAACACCAGCCUUUCUGAGGGUGGGGGUCUUCGGUCCUCCUAUCUCUCCUCAUCAUGCCAAAUCCUUGGCUAUAAAGAUGUACAUUUGGUACUUUCUGAAGAUCAUGCCUGGGUCACAUUUGGCAAAGAUGGCCAGGAAACUGCAGAAGUAACUUGGCAUGGCAAAGGGAAUGAGGAUAAACGCGGUCAACCAAUAAGUGAGGGAGUUGCUGAGAAGAAUUGGCUUUACUUGAAUGGCAAACCGGUGAUUUGCAAUCGUCCUAUGGAGGUGGCUGCCAUGGUUUCAGCAAUUAAUCCGUCCAUUAACUCAACCAUGGACAGUUCAGAGAUGGCAUCUUUGCAGCAGGAACUUCUCUGGUUAUUGCAUGAUAUGGGGUAUCUGUCAAAGUAUCCAAUGGCUCUUGGCAACCUUGGGGACCUUGAAGAAAUGUCCCGUUCACCUGGGCAACCACCUCCUUUGGCAUUAUUCCAAGAAGGUAUUGAUGCUGACAAGAAGUAUUAUGAUAACCAACAUGUCUAUCCUUACACUUAUAUGGGAGCUUUUCUCUUUCGAAAUGGUCAAUAUAAGAAGGCACUAAACUUCUGGUCAAAUGCAAGUGCCGUUAUGAAAGGGUAUAAUUACAACAGGGAAGAUGAAGAAAUUUACAAAGAGUUUUUGGAGAUUGAUAAUGAUUUCAUUCCACAAAUUGUGAAAACAGUUGACAAAGACAAGAAAGGCAGCUUUUUACGGGACCCAGAAUGCUAUGCAGAUCUGCUGAGAUUUUAUGAUGGCAUAUGUGAAUGGGAAGAGGAUUAUUUACUUGGAGGUGGGGAACCAUUUACUUUGACUGCAGCUAAUAGUAGUAGUGCUGACACCAGGGUGGACUAUGAUGAGUUUCUCAGCACCAAGUCAAAUGGAACUCAAUUUAUUGGGAUGACAGUUGAUUCCUUGUUGAAGGCUGAAAGCCCAGCUGAUAUGAUGAUGUGUCGUAAGACACCAGAUAUUGCCUCCAACAAUUUCACCUUUCCAACAGUAUCGUUGAAACUGCGUAGCAAAAAGAUGAAAGGUUUGAAAAAGAUCCUGCAGUCUCCAAAAUUGAAUGCAAGUGCCAUAAAGCUUCAGUUGACUGCACAGUCACAAGUGGAAUUUCGACACAACAGGAGAACUACAGAAUCAUCUGACCAGCCAUCAACAACAACCAGGAAACGUUUGCGGCGAGAGUAA